GCCUUGCCCGGCUGAGAAAUAAGGUCCAAGUCGGAGCGGAGGAAAGAUCCAGGAGAGGGAAAAAAAAAGAAAGAAAAAGAAAAACAAAACAGGAGCAGGAGUGGACUGAUAACCCGAAGUGGGCAGAUGAAGGUAGACGAGUUACUGUUUUUGUUUUUUUUUCCUUCAGGGAGCAUGUUUGGGUAGUGAUUGGACUCAGAGGUGGGAGAUGAUAAUAUUUUGUUUUUCUCCAUCGCUUUCACUGCGCCUGUACUGUUCACCAGCCUGCCGAACAUCGUGAAGGACCAACCGCACUCCCACUGCUCUCCCGCCGCUGUUCCCACAUUCUUCCAGCGGAUCGGGCUCCGGUUAAACGUGCAUGGUUGCUGUGGUGUUUUUACUCACAUUUAGGCGACAUUCCUCUGGAGAGGGACAUAAACUUGGAUAAGAUCAGGAAGCAAGAGUGAAACAUCGACAGGAGGCAACAUAUUAAGCAGUGAGGUAGAGGGUAGCCGUGGUGUAUAACGGACACAAGGAGCAGAAGAGGGAGGAGAGGAGGAGGCGCAGCAGGAGGAGAACUAAAAACCUGCAGGUCUGUUGAGCCUGUCGGGAUGAGGACGAGGAGGGUCGUAACACAUCCACGGUGUUGGUGUGAUUAGGAGAGAGAGCGGGAAGAGGAGAGGCAUUAAAGUCCAGCUUGUUUCCAAGCCAAGGAAGCGGUGAUGGCGGGUGAAGGUACCUGGGUUCACACACUCCGUCAGCCGACCGCAGCCCUGUCAGCAGCCGCAGCAGCAGCAGCAGCAUGAUGAGGAGGAGAUUAGAGAGAGCAAACACAGAGGAGGUGACCCUUAUCAUAUCCUGAAGGAGACGAAACAUAGAGCAUGACCCUGUGUUUGUCUGCAGUGCCAAAGAAGAGCCAGCGAGAAGCCUCUAUGGCCAGGGAAUCAUCGCCUUCCUUGCUCCACAAGGAGCCCUUUUAAACCUGCUCCAAGCCACACUGGUGGACUCAAACAUUCCCUACUCCACCAGGAGGCUCACUCCAACCCAUCUGCCAGCUCAGAUAACCCUCUGAUUGUUUGCAACCACAUGUUUGAGGUGACUGUAUGUGACUGCCGCCGCCGCCGCCCAUUCUUGAGCAGCAGCAGCCUCCUGCGACCCCGAUCUGCACCAUGCAGUGGAGACGGCGGCACUGCUGUCCCAUCAAGAUGACCUGGACAGUCAAGCGUUCGCUCUUUCGGACCCAUGUGGCAGCCCUCCUCUCCCUGGCUCUGCUCUUCACACUCUUCUUAUUUUUCAGCCACCAGGACUGGCUGCCGGGACGCAGUGGGCCCCGGGAAAACCCACUGGCCUACACCAUUAGGGGUUUCCGCAGCCCCAAGGGAGAAGCCAACCAGAGCAGCUCCCUGAGGAGCCUCUGGAGGGAGACAGGGUAUGUAGCACCAAAGCCUCUACUCAACCUCAGCUCUCAGCAGGCAGAGGGGGCAGCAGGAGAAGCAGGAGGAGGGGGAGGUGGAGGAGGAGUCAGGAUGGGCGUAAUGGGGCUUGGGGACUCCAUGAGCACUAACAACAGUUUACAGAAGGAGAUGGGUGUGGGAGGGAGGCUCAGUGCUCAGCCCUACCGCUACAUCCUGAAUGAGCCCUUCAAGUGCAGGGACAACACACCCUUCCUCAUUCUCCUCAUCGCUGCGGAACCCGGCCAGGCCGAUGCCCGCAACGCCAUCCGCCAGACGUGGGGGAACGAGAGCGUAGCAAUGGGCCUGGGGUUUGUGCGUCUUUUCUUGCUUGGCAUGGGAAAGAGCUCCGACACCUUCCUUCAGAGCAGCAUAGAGGAAGAGAGCCGUGUUUACCACGAUAUCAUCCAACAGGACUAUCAGGACACUUACUACAACCUGACUAUCAAAACCCUGAUGGGCAUGAACUGGGUGGCUACCUAUUGCCCACAUGCCUCCUAUGUGAUGAAGACAGACAGCGACAUGUUUGUCAAUACUGAGUAUCUCAUCCAAAAGCUGUUGAAGCCCGAGCUUCCUCCCAAGCAGAGGUACUUCACUGGCUACCUGAUGAGGGGCUAUGCACCAAACCGAAACAGAGACAGCAAGUGGUACAUGCCACCAGAGCUGUACCCGAGCGAGCGCUACCCGAUAUUCUGUUCGGGCACGGGGUACGUGUUCUCAGGGGACAUGGCCGAGCUGAUCUAUCAGGCCUCUCUCAGCAUACGCAGGCUGCAUUUGGAGGACGUUUACGUGGGGAUUUGCCUGGCGAAGCUGCGCAUCGAUCCAGCACCCCCUCCCAACGAGUUCCUCUUCAACCAUUGGCGGGUGUCUUACUCCAGCUGUAAGUACAGCCACCUGAUCACGUCCCAUCAGUUCCACCCCAAUGAACUCAUCAAGUACUGGAACCACUUGCAGAGCAACAAGCACAAUGCCUGUAUCAAUAUGGCCAAGGAAAAAAACGGCAGGUACAGACACAGAAAGUUUCAUGGAGAGAGGCCUCCGUGACACGUCCUGUGAUGACCAGCUGCUUAAAAAAAAAAUAAAAAAUAAAAAAUAAAAUGGAGAUGGGCGCACUGUAACUACAGCCGGUGGAGGGCAUGUUGAACUCAGCACUAUACACUAUAUGGGAAAAAGCACAUUGUUUUUGGUAUUGUGUACAGUCGAUGAUCCAAACUAUUUUUUUAAGUUGAGAAAAAACGUCAAGUAUUGUAAACCUGGUAAGCUAUUUCUAAAAGGGAGAGUGGAGGACAUGUCUGUUCGAUGUGGAGCAUGCACAAAAAGUGCAACUCAAGAGUGGUGUUUAUGAUAAUUCAGGUGCCAACUGUAAGGUGGUAAUUCAUGCUACAGUUAAUUUGAGGGUUCUCCUCUUAAGGGUAGUACAGUGUGUCACACUCUGAAAAUUUUAAAAGAAAAACAAAAAUUAAGACACAAUUGUGUUUACACAGACAAAGGGAAAUGUAUGUGUAUUAUGUCAAAAGUUACACUACCUAAAUAUGAAUGAAAGUAUCUUUGACGUUGACCAGUUAUGCUGCCCUGUUUCUCAGUGUUUACUUUACAUAUUUAUCAAAGAACACGACUCUAAUGAGAAGGUUUAUCUGUCAUAUACUGUAUUUUAUUUAAAAAAAAAAUCAACAUGAAAGCACUCAGAAUCACGCCAGAGAUGACUGAGAUUGUAUUUUUUAAAGCUUUACAUUGAGUAUGACUGCACUUGAGCAAAUGUGCAAUGAAUCAGUUAACAAUUAAAUGUACUGAAUUCA